AUGCCACCUGUGAGAGAGUUAGAAUUCAAGAUUAAUUUAGUUCUGGGAACAGGCCCCAUUUCAAAGGCACCUUAUAGGAUGGCACCUGUCGAGUUGCAAGAGUUGAAGGUACAACUUGGGGAUUUGUUGGAUAAAGGAUAUAUAAGAUCAAAAGAGGAUAUAGCCAAAACAGCUUUUCGAACGAGGUAUGGCCAUUAUGAGUUCACAGUCAUGCCCUUUGGACUCACUAAUGUGCAUGCUGUCUUCAUGGACCUUAUGAAUAGGACUUUUAAGCCUUAUUUGGAUAAGUUUGUUAUCCUGUCUAGUAUAACCGUUGCUAAAAAUAGCAAAAAAGUUCCAACAGUUAGUACUGGAACAGGAACUAUUGCUGGAGAAACUGCUACUUAA